UGUCUGGUCACAGAGGAGGGCUGUGCUGCUCUGUCUUCAGCUCUAAGGUCAAACCCCUCCCACCUGAAAGAGCUGGACCUGAGCUACAAUCACCCAGGAGACUCUGCAGGAGGACUGCUUUCAGCUGCUCUGGUGGAUCCCACAUAUAAACUGAUGAAGCUGAAUGUGGAUCAUGGUGGAGAGUGCAGGCUGAAAUCAGGGCUGAGGAAAUAUGCCUGUCAUCUCACCCUGGACCCAAAUACAGCAAACCCAAACCUGAUACUGUCUGAGGGGAACAGGAAGGUGACAUGUGUGGAAGAGAUGCAGCAUUAUGAAGACCAUCCAGACAGAUUUGACUGUAGUCCCCAAGUUCUCUGCAGAGAAGGCUUAUCUGGAUGUCGUUAUUACUGGGAGGUGGAGAAGGAUGGUGGCAAGGCUGACAUUGGUGUGGUGUACAAAGGAAUGAAUAGGAAUGGAUGGGAGGACGACAGUAAGAUUGGAGGCAAUAGGAAGUCCUGGAGUUUAGUCUGCUCUCACUGUGGUUAUCACUUUAACCAUCCUGGAGUCAGGAGAUCCAUCUCUGGUCCUGAUUCUAACAGAGUUGGAGUGUAUCUGGACUGGCCAGCUGGUACUUUGUCCUUCUAUAGUGUGUCCUCCUCUGGUACACUGAGACACCUUUACACAGAACACACCACAUUCACUGAACCCCUCUAUCCUGGGUUUGGGGUUUCCUCCUCCUCUUCCUCAGUGACCCUGUGUCAGAUAGAUGACCAACACAUUCAGAGUAGAGACCAUGGUGGAGAGAGUUGGAUCAAGCCUGGACCUGAGGACACCAGAGACCAUGGUGGAGAGAGUUGUAUCAAGCCUGGAACUGAUAAAUGGAUUCCUCAGAGCUGUAAGACUUGUGUCCAUGUUGAGGUAAGUCAUAAUUUAAAUUCUUACUUUUACAUACCUGCAGGAGUCAGGCACAGUCUCAAAGCCAGGUGUGUAUUCACCAACAAUUCAUACUGGGAUAUAAACAGUCCUGUGUUCUGCUUUAGUAAUAUAAACACAGUCUCAAAGCCAGGUGUGUACUGACCAACCAUUCAUACUGGGAUAUAGACAGUCCUGUGUUCUGCUUGUAGGCAUGCAGGAUUUUAGCUGUUGUCAUAUUUUGUCAUUAGA